CAUCUUCAUCCUACCGAGCCGACGAGAGGAGGGGGGCAGGACACAGAGGGAGAGAACAGGGGAUCUAGACUUCAAAUUGUCGGCUUAAAAAGACAUUUUGGAUCCAGAGAGCGGUGGCACCCGGGAGUUUGUUGUUGAAAAAGAGAGGGGAACUCAGAAACAGGGGACUAGAAAAGAACCGGCCGGUGGCACAUCAUCACGAGCGGAUGACAAGCUUUUACAUACAAAGGAGUAUAAAUAGAUUGAAGAGGCAGCUAGAUGGGGCAUAAAGAAAAUUAAAUAUGUUUACCGUGCAUGGACGUAUGGCCUGGUCCAGGGGUCAGAUCUGCAGUUUGGUCAUUUGGUUUAACUGUUAAGCGACAUUGGGACACAACACUGCGAUAAAAACACUGGACAGUCGUUUGUUUUGCUUACCAGUGGCUUUAAAAGUCUCGGGUUAAGGACCAAGGUUUUCGUGCCAAAUUAAUAAAACAGUGUUAUUCCGUCUGGCUGCAUGUAAGGACAUAACACACGUCGUGUCAGUAAGUGUUGUCAGGUUAUUUAUGUUUUUGAACGCAGGACUCUAAAGGUUUUUUUUAUUUCGGGCUAGCCGGAAAGCUAGCAGGCUAACCGACUAGCCUCUUAGAGUUAGCAAUGUACCUCGAGCAACGGGGUCGAAUUAAAAUACGAGUACCGGAGCUGUUUUGAGUUACAAUGGUUUGACUCUUAUGAUCUGGCAUUAUUUAACUGAAAUAACCCCACGGAGGGUCACUGGGUUCACCCUUUUAUUUAAUUGUUUUCUUAUUUUGUUAGCCGUGGGGCCGUUGUGGGACUCAGCUGAUAGGAUAGACUGAGAGGAGAUUCAAUUAAAAUUUGAGUAAAAGUAAAUAAGUUUUGCUUUUGAAAAUGACAAAACCUUACUAACAUCUCAUAAGAUUUAAGUGUGGAACUACAUUGCAUGCUGUCAGGUGACACAAUUGCUGUGUAGUUUGUAAACUGAAGAAAAGCAAUAUAAUACCGUCAACAGACAGCUAGAGGGUUAAGUCAGCUUUGAGAAAGGCCUAUUUAUGUUACCAUUUUAUCCGUAACCAAGGCGAUAGAGGAUUUAAACCGAGGUCUAAGGUCAAACCAAAACAUCUCAAGUUUGUUAAAUCCUUGAGUCCAACUUUCCUGUCACGCUUUAUGUAACAAACCGUUUAUUUCAAAGUUACUUGUUUGAUUCUUCCAGCUAUGUGUUGUAUCACUUGGGUUGUUUAUUAAAUAUUAGACCCCGAUCAUCUGCAGCAACGAAGCACGUUAAUAAAAAAUGGAUUAACUCCACAUAAGUGGAGGUUGGCGCUUUAACGUGACCGCGAUGAAGUUCACGUGCUCAAUUUUGACACCGUAUAUAUAUUUCGUCGAUUAACAGACAUUGUGGGUUUUCUUGAGACUUCGCAGAGCUCCUUACUGUGUUUUGGUUGAGGGUUCGUUUCCCCUCCCCCAGCUGUAACUCGCCCUGGUGCGAGUGUCAGUCUUUCAAAACAACAAAAGCCACGAGCUGCGUUUAGUCGAGGUGCUCUGUUCUCCAGAAAGUGCACGCGGCUGAUGUGAUGGAACUGAUGUUCGCUGAGUGGGAAGACGGAGAGAGGUUCUCCUUUGAAGACUCUGACCGGUUUGAGGAGGACUCUCUGUGCUCAUUCAUAUCAGAGGCUGAAAGUCUCUGCCAGAACUGGAGGGGAUGGAGAAAGCAGUCUGCUGGUCCAAAUUCACCCACUGUGAAGAUUAAAGAUGGACAAGUCAUCCCUCUGGUGGAGCUGUCAGCCAAGCAGGUGGCUUUCCAUAUACCAUUUGAGGUGGUGGAAAAGGUCUAUCCACCUGUUCCUGAGCAGCUGCAAUUACGGAUCGCAUACUGGAGCUUCCCAGAGAACGAGGAGGACAUCAGAUUAUACUCAUGUCUGGCCAACGGCAGCCCUGAUGAGUUUCAACGUGGUGAGCAGCUCUACAGGAUGAGAGCUGUGAAAGAUCCUCUGCAGAUAGGUUUCCACCUCAGUGCCACAGUAGUGUCACCCCAGGCUGGCCAAUCAAAAGGAGCCUACAAUGUGGCUGUAAUGUUUGACCGCUGUCGCAUCACUUCCUGCAGCUGCACCUGUGGAGCAGGAGCCAAAUGGUGUGCCCACGUUGUGGCCCUUUGCCUCUUCAGAAUUCACAAUGCAUCUGCGGUGUGUCUGAGAGCACCUGUGUCAGAAUCCCUAUCUAGAUUACAGCGAGAUCAACUUCAGAAGUUUGCACAAUACCUCAUCAGUGAACUCCCACAACAGAUCUUACCGACAGCUCAGCGUCUUCUGGAUGAGCUUCUUUCUUCACAGUCUACUGCUAUUAACACUGUGUGUGGAGCCCCAGAUCCUACUGCUGGCCCUUCAGCCUCUGACCAGAGUACUUGGUAUUUAGAUGAGUCCACCCUCAGUGACAACAUUAAGAAGACCCUGCACAAGUUCUGUGGCCCUUCACCUGUGGUGUUUAGUGAUGUGAACUCCAUGUAUCUCUCAUCCACUGAGCCUCCCGCAGCUGCUGAAUGGGCUUGUCUGCUAAGGCCCCUGAGAGGAAGAGAACCAGAGGGCAUCUGGAACCUUCUGUCCAUCGUCAGAGAGAUGUUUAAGAGGAGGGAUAGUAAUGCAGCUCCUCUGUUAGAGAUCCUCACCGAACAGUGUCUCACACAUGAACAGAUUAUUGGUUGGUGGUAUAGUGUGAGGACAUCUGCCUCUCACAGUAGCGCCAGUGGGCACACAGGCCGCAGUAAUGGCCAGACAGAGGUGGCAGCGCAUGCUUGUGCCAGUAUGUGUGACGAGAUGGUGGUCUUAUGGAGACUGGCAGUGCUAGAUCCUACUAUGAGUCCUCAGAGGCGUUUAGAACUUGCCGCCCAGCUAAAGCAGUGGCACCUAAAGGUUAUAGAAAUAGUGAAACGGGGACAACACCGCAAGUCCCUGGACAAACUCUUCCAGGGCUUCAAACCAGCAGUGGAAUGCUGCUACUUCAACUGGGAAGUCGCCUACCCUUUGCCUGGCAUCACCUAUUGCAGUGCAGAUAAGAAAAAUACCUCGUUUUGUUGGACCAGGACAGCUCAGCAGCGCCGAGGUGCUAAAGCUGGGACUACCGGGGACCCUCAAGAACCCGGAGGAGGAAGUCGCAGUGUAACGUCAGAAGCCAGCUCCUCCGAACAGAAGUCCCGGAGCGGUUCCCAUCCUCCCCAACAGGAGGUGGCUGUCCGCCCAAAAGAGACCAUCGUGAGCAAGAGAAAGGGAGUUUCGGUGGUCAACACCGGUGGUGUGCUGGUUCGUCUAGCUGGUGGGGUCUCUCUCUCACUUGAGGAGGGAGGAAAAAACAUGUAUAAAGCCAGUGGCUCCUCACCAUCAACUAGCAGCAAGGCCAAACUAACGCAAAGCAGCAAGGGCUCAUGUGGAAGUUCAAGUGGUGUCAGUGGGAAGCACCCCAGUGCUAAAAGGCGAACCAGCAGUGAGGACAGUUCUUUAGAGCCUGACAUGGCAGAAUUAAGUCUGGAUGAUGGCUCCAGCCUGGCUCUUGGGGCGGAGGCCAGUAAUACCUUCGAUUUUCUUCCACCUCCACCUGAGAUGCUGCCUUCACCCAGCCCUCUGCUUCGAGAGCCACGCAAAUUCAACAGUGGUAAUGUUUCAAAAGACCGUCCAUUCGAGACGAAACGUGCCGCACACGCUUCCGUACCUUCUGCUGCUGAUGCCCAUGCUUGCUUCUCUAAAGAGAGCUCGAUGUCAGCCCCAGCCGUGGUAGCCAUGGAGAAAGAGGUGGAGGUAGAUGCAGAUCUGGAUGAGAACGGAGGAGACGAGGACCCGGUUGAAGAUGCUCCAGGCACCAGCAAGGCUCAGCGUAGCCGGAGAGAGGGAGAUGGCAGUGGGGCUUCAGGGGGAUCGCCUGGACCUCAGGCAGCUGAGGCGGCAGCCGCAGGAAGUGGAGAUGUGGUUGGUGAUGAUGACUAUCAAGCGUACUACCUUAGUGCUGCAUCAGAAGAGGGAGCGGAGAGAGGAGUUGCAGACAGCAAUCAUGAAGAAGAACCAGAUAUCUUUGCUGGUAUGAAACCCCUGGAGCAAGAAGGCAGGAUGGAGAUACUGUUUGCCUGUGUGGAGGCUCUCUAUGCUCAUGGCUACAGUAACGAUGCUUGCCGGUUAGCUGUUGAACUGGCUCGAGAUCUUCUGGCUAACCCACCCGACCUCAAGGUGGAGCAGCCUCAGACGAAGGGUAAAAAGAGUAAGGUGUCGACCACUAAACAGACCCAGGUGGCCACAAACACCCUGUCUAAAGUAGCUUUUCUGCUAACUGUUCUGAGUGAAAGACUGGAACUCCAUAAUCUGGCCUUCAAUACUGGCAUGUUCUCCUUGGAGUUGCAGAGACCACCAGCUUCUACUAAAGCCCUUGAGGUAAAGCUGGCGUAUCAGGAGUCAGAGGUGGUGGCUCUGUUAAAGAAGAUUCCUUUGGGUGUUGUCGAAAUGACUUCCAUAAGGGACCGAGCUGAGCAGCUCCGUGAUGGAAAUUUCUGUGACUACCGGCCUGUUUUGCCCCUUAUGCUCGCUAGCUUCAUAUUUGAUGUGCUCUGCACCCCUGGUAGGUCACACGUCUGCCUCAUUUCAAUAUUUUCAAAAUGCUGUUUAAGAGACACAUCUAUCAUUAUUCCUUUCUCUUACACAGUGGUGUCUCCCACGGGCUCUCGACCUCCUAGCCGUAACCGUAACAACGAGAUGCCUGGCGAUGAAGAGCUGGGCUUUGAGGCUGCUGUGGCAGCUCUUGGUAUGAAGACUACUGUUAGCGAAGCCGAGCAUCCUCUUCUCUGCGAAGGUACACGGAGGGAGAAAGGAGACUUGGCUCUUGCAUUAAUGAUCACGUAUAAAGAUGACCAAAGCAAGUUAAAAAAGAUUCUGGACAAGCUCCUUGAUCGUGAGAGUCAGACACAUAAGCCUCAGACUCUGAGCUCUUUUUACUCUAGCAAACCAGCCACAAGCAGUCAGAAGAGCCCAUCUAAACACGCCACCCAUGGUGCCAGCGGGGCCACAGGCGGAGUGUCAAAGCACGCCCCAUCAGCAGCUGUGCAGGGCGUGAGCGGUGGAGGAGCGACUGGGCAGCAGGGAGGUGUAACGGGUGUUCAGAGCUCAGAGGGAAUCGGAGAAAAUAGAGAUCAAGAAGGUGUGCAGUCUUCCUCCUGUGAGCAGCAGAGCGAGACCGCACCUUUCAAACCUGAGGGCACUGUGCCCAGCCGUCUGGCACUGGGAGGCCGUGGGGCAUACAGCACACGAUGCUGGGGAUCACCUGUGCGGCAAAAAAAGAAACACACAGGCAUGGCAAGCAUUGACAGUAGCGCUCCAGAAACCACAUCAGACAGCUCUCCCACUCUUAGUCGACGCCCACUUCGAGGGGGUUGGACGGCUGCUUCCUGGGGAAGAGGCCAGGACAGUGACAGCAUCAGUAGCUCUUCUUCUGAUUCGCUGGGCUCGUCGUCAUCCAGUGGCUCACGCAGAGCAGGAGGAGGAGCCAGAGCCAAGAGUACUGAUACCAGCAGAUAUAAAGGGCGUCGGCCUGAAUGCCACGCUCCACAUGUGCCCAAUCAACCAUCUGAGGCAGCUGCCCAUUUUUACUUUGAACUGGCCAAGACCGUGUUGAUUAAAGCUGGAGGAAACAGCUCUACAUCCAUCUUUACUCAACCCUCCGCCAGCGGAGGCCACCAGGGCCCUCACCGCAACCUGCAUCUGUGUGCCUUUGAGAUUGGCUUGUAUGCCCUCGGCCUGCAUAAUUUCGUGUCUCCUAACUGGUUGUCGAGAACUUAUUCUUCACAUGUUUCAUGGAUUACAGGCCAGGCAAUGGAGAUUGGGAGUGCUGCUCUCAACAUCCUGGUUGAAUGCUGGGAUGGGCACCUCACACCUCCAGAGGUGGCGUCACUUGCAGACCGUGCAUCCCGAGCACGAGACCCCAACAUGGUGCGUGCUGCAGCAGAGCUGGCCUUGAGCUGCCUGCCUCACGCUCAUGCCCUUAACCCCAAUGAGAUACAGAGAGCGUUGGUACAGUGCAAAGAGCAGGAUAAUGUCAUGUUGGAGAAGGCUUGCAUGGCAGUUGAGGAAGCAGCGAAGGGAGGGGGUGUUUACCCUGAAGUUUUGUUUGAGGUGGCCCACCAGUGGUACUGGCUGUAUGAGCAAACAGUGGGUGGGGGCUCAGGUUCUCAGAGAGAGGGUUCUGGACGCUGCGGGGCCAAUGGUGGAAUAGGGAGAACCCCUCCCGAGGGAAGCUGUGGUAUCCUUGACAACCCUGGAGUCAUGGAUCCAUCCGGUGUCGCAGCGGUAACAACAACAGUGACUGCGGCUGCCGUAGUACCUGUGAUUUCUGUCGGCUCCACCAUCUACCAGUCACACGCUUUGCCCGGUUCAGCCAUGGCGCACGCGCAGGGCCUCCAUCCGUACACCACCAUUCAGACGCAUCUGCCCACCGUCUGCACCCCCCAGUACUUGGGCCAUCCGCUUCAGCACGUCCCCCGUCCUGCCGUCUUCCCUGUGUCUGGGGCUGCCUUUCCACAAGGAAUGCACCCAGCCUUCAUCGGUGCUCAGUUCCCGUUCUCAGUGGCCACUGGCCCUCAUCCUCCUAUGGCUGCGACCGCUGUCACUUUCCCUGGAGUUCCUGUCCCGUCCAUGACUCAGAUUGCCGUCCACCCGUAUCAUGCUGCAGAGGCAGGUCUGCCUCUUAGCACUGCUGUGGCAGAUGAACGACUUUGCAGACCGUUUACAUUGAUGGACAGCUACAUUACACACUGCAGUAAAGCAGGAGGGGCCAUUCAGGCUGCAUCCCUUCCAGGACUCUCAUCCCAACCAACCUCAUUGGUCAGUGCGCCUUUUCCUGUGGAAGACGAGCAGCACAGCCAGCCGAUCAGUCAGCAGGGACUGCACUACCUCCACUCGGCAUACAGAGUCGGAAUGCUGGCCUUGGAGAUGCUGGGAAGAAGAGCCCACAACGAUCAUCCCAACAACUUUUCCCGCAGUCCCCCAUACACAGAAGACGUCAAAUGGCUGCUGGGCCUGGCUGCACGUCUCGGUGUGAACCAUGUGUACCAGUUUUGCGUUGGUGCAGCAAAAGGCGUUCUGAGUCCAUUUGUCCUGCAAGAGAUCAUUAUGGAGGCUCUGCAGAGGUUAAACCCAGCACAUAUCCACGCACACCUCCGCACCCCUGCCUUCCACCAGCUUGUGCAGCGCUGCCAGCAGGCCUACUUACAGUAUAUCCACCAUAGGUUGAUCCAUCUGACUCCGGCAGACUAUGACGACUUUGUGAACAUCAUUCGAAGUGCACGUUCUGCGUUUUGCCUGACGCCAGUUGGCAUGAUGCAGUUCAACGACGUCCUGCAGAACCUGAAGAGGGGCAAACAGACAAAGGAACUCUGGCAGAGGAUCUCUUUGGAGAUGGCCACCUUCUCACCCUGACUGCUAUAGAGACCAGCAGGGAAAAAAGUCAUUAUUAUACCUGCAGCUAUUCCCUAGACUUUAACACGACACACGGCUAUCACUUUUCUCCUCUAGGAAGUGUAGCCAACCCAACUUCUUGUACAAGUCCAUUCACGUGACAUUUAGUCCCAACGUUUUUAAAGUCAUGUAAAUGUGGCUACUGGAGCAGGUAAAUUCCUCCAUUUGAUGGGUCCCUCGUUUGAGUCGUUGAUCCCAGUGUUGUCCGAUUUUCUUUUUGUUCUCUCUCUCUCUUUUUCUCUCAUUUUGGUGUGUACUGUCAAGUAACUUAAUGGCUAUCAAUGUUUUCUCUAUUUGUCCUAACAUCCUGCAUUCACUGAUUUCUGUGCUUUGCUUUGUGAUCCCCUGAGUUCAUUUAGACGUUCAAUAAAGGGGAUGAAGGUUUCCACUUGCUAUGUUAAUGUUUGGUUCAAAUUUAAACGAUACCACUGAACGUCAGGAUCAUACUGCAACAUUCCUCUACCCUGGAGAGCAGAUUCUCCACCGGUCAUAAAGGAUUUCAACGUUGGAAAAUUAAUGGCAGUGUAAAAAAAAACUUUGUUUAAAGGAUCGAAGAGACAUUUAUUAGGACAAUAAUCAAAGUACGGGUGAGGAUUCUUGAAAUGGUUUGUUUUAUCUUUCGUUUUUAAUACUUUGUAUAGUGCGGUGUGUCUGAAGAGUAAGAUGAGGAAUGGAAGAAUGUUAUUACUGAUUGCUUUGUGGGUUCCCUUUUCCAGUCAAUUGCUGGUGCUGACUUGAGUGCUGGAACAGAGAAGUCUGGCUGGACCAGAUUACGCAACUUUUGAAUUUAUAAAUGUCAGUGCUGACUUUUGUCCCAAACUAUCAGGGCUUCCUGAUGUUUAAAUUGGUUGCUUUUUACAGCUUGGACAAGCAAUUCCGGAUACAAUUAACGAAUGUUGGUAUCUGUGCAAUUUCAUAUUUUUAAAGUAACCUAAACCACACAUCUGCUAUUUCUUGUUCUCAGUAUAAUAUAGGUUAACUGCUUCCCUCGGCUUAGCGUAGUUAAGUGGUCAAUAAACGUCACUGCCAGAUUCUCAUGUUCCCAGCAUCAGCUCACCCCCAGCUUUGGAACUCAUUAGUGGAGAGUGAGUGCGUAGAAAAUGUACUGUGAUAUUUUUGUAUUCUUCAAGUGUAGCUUGGUUGAAAAAACAAACAAAAAUCUAUAUAAAUACAUAUAAAUAUAUAAACUGUGCUGAUUGAAAAACGGCUGUAAUCUAGAAUAAACAGGGAAAAGAGAAAAACUAAAUUGGAACAAAGCAAUAUUAAAAAUGUAGAGUUUACUUAAUAAAGAUAAAUGAAAACACUA